UCUGGUGAUUUCAGACUUGUGGAGAGUUAUUUCAAUGAAUAAUGUUUCACACAUUGCUUUUAUUGUGUUUGUUCUUGUGGCAUGUGGUGUGUUUGGUGUUGAUCCAGAUAAAGUGAAGUCAGUGUCAGUGAUGGAGGGAGAUUCUGUCACUUUACACACUGAUCUUACUCAAAUACAAGAUAAAGAUGAGAUCGAGUGGAGGUUUGGAUCUGAAAACAUUCGCAUCGCUAGAAUCAAGAGAAAGAUCUUCAGUACAUCUGAUGAUGUUCUUGAUGGGAGAUUCAGAGGUCGACUGCAUCUGAACCAUCAGACUGGAGAUCUCACCAUCACAAACAUCACAACUGAACACACUGGACUUUAUCAACGAAUCGUCACUACAGAAAAUAAAGAUACAACAAAGACAUUCAAUGUCACAGUUUCUGCUCGUCUGCCGGUUCCUGUGAUCAUCAGCGACUCUUCACUGAAUUCUUCAUCAUCUGAAAGUUCAUCUAAAUGUGUGUUGGUGUGUUCAGUGGUGAAUGUGACACAGGCGACUCUCUCCUGGUACAAAGGAAACAGUUUAUUGUCCUCCAUCAGUGUGUCUGAUCUCAACAGAAGUCUCUCUCUACAUCUGGAGUGUGCCGAUGAUUCUUACAGCUGUGUGAUCAACAAUCCCAUCAGAAACCAGACUAAACAUCUCAACAAUACUGAAGUCUGUCAGACGUGUUCAGGACCAGACAAAGAAAGUCCUUCACAACCCCAAAACUCGUCUCUUAUAAUGUGGAUAUCUGCUGCUGCUGCUGGAAUUCUCUUCAUCGCUGCAGUUUUGAUGAUCUUCAUCUACAGAAAACACAGAAUAACUGAUCAAGAGGAUCAAACUCGUGCAGGAGAGAUCGUUUACGCUGAUCCAACAUUAUUCAAAAGAGCACAGAAACCGAUAGUUCAUCAGGAGGAUGAUGUGGUGUACGCGGGUGUUGCUGUGAGACAUUGAUCAAACUCUCUGAGAUUCAAUUUCCUCAUUUAUAAUGUUCUGAUCACUGAAAAUAUGACUCUGUUCAGCAGUAAUACUGUAUUAAAGAGUCAUUUAAAGUGGUGAGAUGAUUGGGGGCUUUAAUGUUCAUGUGUGAUUUGAGCAGUGGUGGGUAGAGUAGCCAAAAACUGUACUCAAGUAAAAGUACAAUUACUUCAAAAACAUAAUUACUCAAGUAGAAGUAAAAGUCCUAACACAAAUAAUUACUUGAGUAAGAAUAAGAAAGUAUCCAAUUAAAUGAGUACUCAAGCAGUCAAAUUACAUAAUAGAACAUGUACAGGGAGGCUGUGGCUCAGAGCAGGUAGAGCAGGUUGGCCACUAAUCGCAGGAUUGGUCCUUGGGCAAGACACUGAACUCCAAAGUUGUUCCCAAUGGCAGACUAGCGCCUUGUGAGUGUGAAUGUGUCACAGUGUAAAGUACUUUGAAUACCAUUAAGGUUAAAAAGGGGCUAUAUAAGUGCAGAACAUUACACAACCCCUGUCUUUUAUACCCGUAUGUCUGGGGACGGGACAUGCAAAUUCUGUUCGCCAAUUUGGCAUUGGCCUUUUUCAUAUUCAGAGGUAUCCGAGGCUCCUGAAAGAAGCCCCUUGUGUCACUACAAUUGACACAACGUCUCGUUCCCUCCAUCAGGAAAUGGGGGUUACACUAGUAAGCUAGACGUUCUGUACAGCAGUACCAUAACUCUCCGAGUACACAACCUACGUAGGGCACCAACCCUGAUCGUGGAACAAUUGCUGUGUCUGAAACCUCCCCCUAUCCACUAUAUAGUGCACUAUUUUGAGUUUUCGCUAUUUUGUAGGAGUGUUUGAAUUCUGAGUGAGCCAAUUGUUCCCUACUUUUGUUCACUCAUUCUUACACACUAUGCACUCUGAUUUCAAGUGUACAUUUCAAGUACACUCGAUGAUGGUUAAUUUCCCACAAUCCACCACGGGAAAGACGUACAA